CUCUUCCUCUUUCUGUAUUCCAACAAGAGACAUACAUAUCGCACUACCCACCCAGCGCAUCAGGGGAGAACCAAACAAAGCCACCAAAUUACGCUCAUCCGAAUAGGGAAAAAAGGGUCAAAAAGCUCAAGCGACAACGCUGCGCUUAAUCCGUUCACCGCCCAUAUUGAUAGAAUAUCGAUUUUCCAAAACAAUAAAUAAACAAAUCCUUGGCAUCAUUCUACUUUCAAUUCUUGACAUCUCAAUAACAACCUCUUGUCUAUUACAAGACUGCAAACGCACAUAUCUUGAAAGGGAACUUUUGAAAGGAGGGACUUCCGCAUCAGACGAGACGAAACACAUCCGUCGAUUGUCGAUUUUCAGUCACCUGGUUCGCCUGUUUCACAGCAACAACAAACGUAUCCUGUUCUUCGACAACGAAUCGCUUUACAGAAGUAGUUUGGGAUCCAGACAAAGCAACGGCGUAUAGAAAGAUAAGAGUGGAGACAAAACAUGUCUGCUAUAUAUACUGUGUUUACAUCCCCGCAUCAUGCACCGAUGCCAAAUCAUCUUCCGACACUGAUCGUCACUCCCCACGGUCAACCUAAUCACAUCCUUUAUACUUAUUUACAUACGGAAGAAAAUCGAGUGAACUAUCUCCUCACUCCUUCUCCCCAAGGCGAUCUCUGCGUCGCUAAACUCUUUCCUCCUCCUCGCCCAUCUGCCGGCCACUCUUCCGCUACCCUCCCCACCAUCUCACAUAAACAAGGCCCCAACGCUGUUCGCUGCGAAGCUUCCCGUGAUCUGAGAUGGACGAUUGAAAAUACAGGUGUGAUGAGUCCUAUAUACAAGAUUGUGAAUCAAGAUGAUACGCCAUUGUAUCAGAUCAGCAAACCAAACCCAAACGCCGAGUUUUGGACCAUGUUUUAUUUCAAGUAUGCCGGUCAUCAGAUUCCACCAAAAAGGAUAGAGUUUGGAAAGAUUGCAAAGAAUCCACCUGAAAAGGGUGGCGGUACUCGAUUGUCUAUCACCGGGAGGACAGAGGACGAAAAACAGGUCUGGCAGACGUUGGGUGUUGGUAACGAGGACUGUGUUGAAUGGGUUGUAUGCUGUGCUUGCUUGAACCUCCUCGAUGAUGAGAUUCUUCGAGCCGCCGAAAAGCGAGCCAACCCCAACGCUUCCGGUCCCUCCUCUUCCCCAGCAAGCACCCUUACAUCCCCAGCAUCUACCGCCGCCCGCCCCGUCCCCGCCCCUUUACAGCGUGUCGGUCCUGCUCCCGGUCCUCGCUCAGCAUCGGCUGUUCUCGGCCCCGGUAUCGCCUCCUCUGCACCAGCUAGCACCGCACCUAUGCAGCCCAUGGGCGGACAUCCAGCGAUGAAUCUCGCACAGACGUAUAGACAGAAUCCGCCACCUAUGCGAGCUCCACCUGCUAGGCCAGGACAGCCUGUGCCACAGGGUUACGCUUCGGCUCCGCCUGCCGGCCAGCCUCAGAGAAGGAGGUUCUGACCGUAUCCCUUUGUUAUAAGGAGACCGUCUACACUACACGAGGGAAUGGCAUUGGCAUAGCGCACUGUAUAUGAGCCGAGAACAAAAUGAUCUGCCAAGACUUAUUUGCGGCAUGCUUGUAUUAGGCUUGAAUUUUUUGGAUAUUAUAGUUUUUGGUCGUUUUUCGGUUUUUCAUAUACCCCUGAGGCAGUGAUACCCUCUCGCCUAUGCACC